CAGAGUAAGAAGGAAGCUAUGAUCAAGAAGCAGCACGGGGAUGUGUUACAGCUGCUGGAAACACAGAGAGCAAGCAACUUCACCAACUUCCAAGAGAUGACUAAGGAGUUUCAGAAGACUCUGAGGCACGAUGACUUCAGCAUCACCACUGACCUGUGCUCCAGUAUCACCUGGAUGGAGACCAUGAUGGGCUCCCUUCUCCACCUCCAAAAGAGCAAACACAGGAUACAACAGCUGCAUUUUGAGUUGGCAGAGACACUGGCUGAGCUGAAGGAACUGGAGCUCAGAGAACACCAUGCAGACUCCUGACUAUUAUAGUCUAACUCCAAUUAGUGUAAACAUCUGUAUCUAAAACCAUGCAUACAGCUAUUAACGAUGAUGAAGUGAUGAUUUAUGAUCUGCA